AUCCAUCACCCGCUCGGAGCUUCGCUCCCCGUCCGCGGCGCACCCGCCGCGCACCCGCCGCGCACCCAUGGCCUCGAAAACUUGCACGCAUCGCUUGCGGAAGGAAAUGAGAAACAUCUCAAGGGAGCCCUCUCCGCAUAUUACUGCUCGCCCGCUCCCUUCGAAUAUUCUUAGGUGGUACUUCGUGCUCGAGGGGCCCAGUGACUCCCCGUAUGAGGGCGGCAUUUUUAUGGGGAGGCUGCAGUUUCCGGAGGAGUACCCUUUCAAACCACCAGCCGUGUACAUGUGCACACCGCAGGGCCGCUUCAAAUGCAACCAGAAGCUAUGUCUGUCCAUGUCCGACUUUCACCCGGAGACGUGGAACCCUCUGUGGUCAGUGUCUGCAGUCUUGACGGGCCUGCUUUCCUUCAUGAUGGGCUCGGAGGACACGGUCGGGUCCAUCCAGACCUCGGCCGCGGAGAAGCGCAGCCUUGCACGCGCCUCGCACCAUUUCAAUCGUGCUGACCGCGUCUUCCGCGAGCUCUUCCCUGAAUUCAUUCGCGACGCGCCCGCCAUGCCCCGCGCCAUGCAGCCCAGAGCGAUGUUCACCGACCAGAAUGGAAACGUUAGCAAUAGAAGGGGGAGGAAAAGGGAAGAGGAGGGCGAGAGCCUUGUCAGCUUGAUUGCAUGGCUCUUUGUCUUUCUGGCUCUCAUCUUUGCCGUCUUUCGCCUCAUUGCAGGCUCGCCAUAGCGGUAGCAGGGUGGACGUGCCGGCCGAGCUGCUGCUCAUCUGCGUUUCGAAACUGUAAAUCUUCUCCGUACUCCAAGGUGUUGCUCGUUUACUCGUUAGUGCCCAAGCGCGUUUGCGUUGGCAUUGUCAUUGCGACAUCUGCCUUGUCUCUCACAAUCGCAUGGUAAGGAAUGCCACCUCCACUGCCCGCUGCAUCAACGAUGCCCAGUAUGCCUUGCCCAAAUACGACAAGGACAGCGACCAGAACGGAAUGCGCGAAUUAUGAAAUGCUACUGUAUUUAGAGAUCCAACAUAAAAGGGAACUUUGGGACUGCAGUCUAGGAAAUACAAAA